GCAAAGGCUAUAAAUACUAAAGGACUCGUGGAGAAAAAAGAGGGGAGGGAUAAAGCAGGUAGGGUGGAAAUGACCAAGCUUUAUUGGAGAAAGGAAGAGACGCGUUCUCCCUAUCCUAUUUCGUUCGUUCGACAAGUUGAAUUUCUGUACGUUCUUGCUAAGCGAGCGAACCAACGAGCGAACAGUCGCGUUCGUGCGUUCGCAUUAACCGCAUCGAGCGGUCGACUCUUCGUGUCGCUUUGGUCAAACGUGGAAAGAAAGAGAUCGAGAGAGAGAGAAAGAGAGAAAGAGAUAUCACUUACGAUUGAUCGGACAAUUGUCGAUAGUUCGAAAACAGAGUCGAAAACUCGACGAAAAGACGAUUUCAGAUCGUCGAAGCAAUAUUUUUCGAGUUAAAGAGAGAGAGAGAGAGAGAGAGAAGAAAAGCAAAUGUCGGUUAGCUACUAGACGCCUCCUCGUUCUCGGUGAAUAUGAAUGGAAACGAAGGAAUAGCAAUUUGAGGAACGAGCGAAGCUCGGUCUGAUUUGGAUCUAGCUUUUAGUGGGUGGAAAGAGAGAGAGAGAGAGAAAGGGACAGAGAGAGAAGAAACGGAGUAAUAACAAGGAUAAUACUAAUAACGAUUGGGACGGGCCUAGGAACUCGGCGAACGACGAAAAUUGCAAGAUUUGUCUGAAAGGCGAACACGAUCGUGAGGGAAUAAUAAAUCAGGAAAAGGAAGGGAUAAACCGAGAGAGAAAGGGAAAGAAAGAAAUCUUGCUCGGUUCUCGGCAGAGUUAUCGGCGAGAAAUAGCAGAGAGAAGCAGCGGAUGAAUAAUAAUACGAGAAAAAAAGAGGAGAAAGAAAUAGAGACUAGGAAAUAGAACGACGUGAAAGAAAGAGAGGAGAUUCCUCGUGAUAGGAUAAUUCGAAAGGACGAAGCGUAACUCACGAGAUCGUGCACGAAGAUUAGAAUUUAAGGCACGCUGAAGAAUUCUUACAAAGAAUUAUCUCCGAAAAAAAAUAAAAGAAAAAAAAAAAAGAUACUUUGUUCUAAGCAAGAAGAACAGAGUUCCGAAUUAUUUCUCGAGAGUACCAGAGAAAAAAAUAAUAUUUUUUACGAGCGUCUAAUUGAUUUCGCGGGGAAAGAAGGGAAAGCGGAAGUAGAACCUAAUACUCGUUAGCCGUUCGACCGUCGUUAGAUCGUCGUUGGAUCGUCGUUGGAUCGUCGUUGGAUCGUCGUUGAUGCUUUAAGAUUUUCAAAGGUACACCGGAGAGAGUUCAACGUCACGUUUUCAGCACGAGGAUCGGUCUCGUGCCAGCCUUAUCUACCGGCUAAUUUAUCGAACUUACCCUAUUAAAGAUAAUUACGUGACUGCUCGAUAGCAGUACUUCCAAUCUAGCUUCCUAGGUAUCGCGGAAUAAUUUAUUUUAUUUUCUUCCUUCUCGAGAACGCAGAGAGGAAGCUUACGAAUGUAAUUCGUUUGGAGUUUGUUGGUUCGUUUUAUCGCGAUUAACGGAAAAAUCUUGGUUCCUCGUGGAACGGACCGGGAUCGAAUUUUUACUUGUAACGAUAAAGCUCGUAAGUGUUGUUCCGAUUCCCUAAUGCUAUCGAUACUUAACGACUUUACUAAUGACCCGAGGAAAUGUCAGGUAGUAAAAAACAAAUCGGCCAACUUUGUCCUAUCGGUUGUUCGCGGUUAAUCUCCUCUUUUAGUUUCUCCUACCUUUAGUUUUCUCACUCGACCAGAGAUUCGACUUUCGAAAGAGAGAUCACUCACUGUUCUCGUAUACGUGUCGUCGUCGAGUGCGCGUGUGUCUCUACCUGCGUGUGCGAGCGCAACACGCGCGUGAAAACGAUGCUAAGGAGAAAAGAAAAAAAGAUAAUGAAGAAACGCAAAGAACAACGAAAGUGAUUUUAUCUAAUUACUCGCGUCGGUCCAACGCCGUAGGAUCGUCAGGGAGAACUUUUCCUUGGAAGAAUAAUAAAAGAAGAAAAGAGAAGAAACAGAUCGUUGAGAAAUGAAGGGAAACUUGGAAGGACAUCCGUUCGCUUUGUCGUCGUCGAGAGGUUAUCUGGUUCUCCUUCUGAUCUGUCUAUCCGCGAAGGUAUCGAGGAGCAACGAGUACCGAAUGAGAAAAUGUUGUCCACCACAGGAAGUUUUUUCCGGCCGAUCGAAGGUGGACUGCGUUCCGGCGCCGAGCCAAACGAUGGAGUUGCAUCCUUUGUCGAAGGGCGCCAACUUAGAAAUUCACGGUAUUCCUAAGUGCGAAAAACCGGAUGACAUCGCAACGAUUUUUCUCAAUGAGAUCAAACCGAACGAUUUCCUCAGAAGUCCAGCCUGUUUGGAGGUUCUUCGAACGGAGUCCUCCGACAAGGAGCUCCCAAUCAUCGUUCAUUGUCGCUCGAACAAGGACGACACGAGGAAGGAAGCAACCGGAUUGUCCUUUCCAAAAAUCACAACCAUUCGAAGGUGUUGCCCGAAGGAUACCAUCUUCGAUCCUCGCUCGAGAUUCUGCGUGCCAUUGAUAUCCCAUAUCAACGAUACCUCCUACUUUUCUUCGGAGGAUCUCUUUUUCUCUUUCUUACCGAUAAUCGACUCGAUCGAUUUUCUAGCGGUGACGAGAGGUCCACCCGAAUGUCUGCGAGCCAUAUUCGAUUUUCCUAUAAACUCGAGCGAUUUGAUCUUCGAGGAUCGAACUUUCAAAGUGACACCGUCGUUGAGCCAGGACGGACGUAGGAAAGAAGAGAUCAAGCUGACGGAAGAGAACGCUUGCGUCGAGCUAACUCCGGAAUCCACGAUCUCGAACGCCAAGCUGAUCCUACGGCUCUGCCGAGAUGAACAAAUUUGUUCGGAGAAGCCGUGCAUCAGGAAGUGCUGUCCGGAGGACCGAUUUUUGGUAUCGGGAAGAAGAGAAUGUCAAAAAUUGUACGACGACUCGUUCACACCGAUCGAGUUUCACAAGGAAAUUUUGAAUUCGUCGAUUCACGAAGAUUUCUUCAGAGAAGAUUAUGGUCUGCUCAUUGGUAAACUGUGCAAGGACAGAGGAAUGUAUCCCGUGGGUCCGGAAGAAAAUUGGAGCAUUACCCCUGAAGGACACAUCGACGUGCCCGAUUACAAGGUCUACGGUCACCACGAGUACUGCAUGGACAUCUUUUACAACAGCUCCCUCUACAAGGAAACCCUUUAUCCUUUCGUGUGUUUCGACACGGCGGAGUCCGUGGAACCGUGCCGACUACGGUGCACCAUUAAUAGCGUACUUCAGUUGACCAGCUGCGCAUUUUUGCUGACAACGUUGGUGGUCUACGCUUGCCUACCCGUUCUCCAGAAUCUCCAUGGCAAGACUCUCAUGUGCCAUGUCGGCAGCCUCCUUUUGGCGUUGGUUUGUCUGGUUGUGAUCUCCUGGGUGACUCCGGACACUACCAUCGAGGAAUCGAUGGCCACGGUAUCAUGCAAAUUCUUAGGCUACGCGAUGCUAUUCUCCUUCCUCUCGGCUUUCUCCUGGCUCAACGUCAUGUGCUUCGACAUAUGGUGGACUUUCGGUGGUUCACGUGGAAACACGUCGACGAGAGGAAGAGGACAUAGAAAAAGAUUUUUCUUGUACUGCACGUACGCGUGGGGCCUCGCCUGCUUGAUUACCGUCCUGGGAAUCGUGGUCGAUCACACCGAUUUUUUUCCAAAGCAUUUGCGGCCUACCAUCGGACGAGCAAGCUGUUGGUUUACACCGGGAAGUAAUCUUCACGGCGAACUCUUGUUCUUCAUCGCACCGGUGACGCUUCAACUUUUGAUCAACAUCGUCUUCUUCGUUAUCACAUCGAUAAAUUGCAACAAGGUAAAGGCUGAAAUAAACAGAGUGAUCAGAGAUCCUUCGGACGUUAGAAACAAACGAUUCCAGGCCGAUCGAACCAAAUUGAUCAUGAACGUGAAGCUGUUCGUCGUUAUGGGUAUAUCCUGGAUAUUAGAGAUCAUCUCUUACUUUCUUAACAAUUACGCCAAGGAUUUGCAAUGGCGCGAAGAAUUCUUUUACGCGUCGGACACCUUCAAUUGCCUUCAGGGACUAUUGAUCUUCAUUCUCUUCGUUCUAAAGAGCCGCGUGUACUAUGCGCUACGAAGAAGAUUGGGGUUUGAAGACAAGAAACGGAUGUCGAGCAACGCGACGACCGCCAUACACGACACUUCCAGGGUGAAAAACAGCGUUAGCAACAGCACGCUUAUGUCUACGUUUCAAGUGAGCUUGACGCCGUGACAGGAACCGGACGAACGUUCCACAUGGGAUCGAAGCUUCGUUCCGCUUAAUCAGGAAUUUCUUAAAGGCGCGUGUUAUUCUAGCGUGUCUUGGUUGCGACACUCCGAGCUUUCAACGCUUCCGCUUUAACAUCCCAUUACUUUGUACGCGUUCCGCGAAGAGCAAAAAAGUAACGAAUUCGACCACAAAGAUCUUUGUAUAUAGUUAAGAAAAUGACGCCAUCGACCUUGC